AAAAAUUUCACUAUCCCAUAGCCAAAGGGUUUUACUUGUACUUGUACUUGUACAGUGUGAAACAGAAACAGAGACGAAUAGCAAUGAAGCUCCUCUUCCAAUCUUUCACCGGCCACCAUAGAUCAGUAGCUCGAGUACUGGGUCGCCGGUACUUUGCAGCUUCAACAGAAGAAUAUGCAAAGCGAAACUACGCCAACAAUGUCUCUGAGUACAACUCUGUUGUGGGCUCACUCACUGCCCAAAGAAGGCAUUUCUUGUUGAGGGAUGUGUAUGAUGAUAUGAUGUUGGAUGGGGUGCAGCCCACAAGGGAUGUGUUCCACUCCCUCAUUGUUGGGACCAUGAAAGGCGUCCGCUUGCAAGACGGUUUUUACUUCAAGGAUCAAAUGAAAACCACCGGUUUGCUUCCUGAUGUUAAUUUAUACAACAUUUUAAUCUCGUUAUGCGGGAAAUGCAAAAACUCUGACCAGGCGGUCCAGAUUUUGGAAGAAAUGAAGAAAUCUGAAGUAAAGCCCAAUGCCCAAACUUUUGUCUGUCUACUUAAUGCAUGUGCUGCAGCAGGCCGGUUAGAUCGAGUGUAUGCAAUUGUUCGUGAUAUGACUGCUGCUGGUGUUGGGUUGAACAAAUUCUGCUAUGCAGGACUUAUAACUGCACACAAGAACAAGACACCUGUAGCAGAUGAUUUUGCCACCAAAGUCAUUGAGUUUGUUGAGCGGUCUAAGGACUCUUUGGCAGUUGAUUCAACUGGCACUACUGCUGAAAAUGUGAUGAUGGGUGUUUCAGAAGAAGAAAUGUAUAAUAUACCCACUGCCGAAUAUGUUUAUAGGCGUGGAGGUUUUGUAAACAGGCAGCUGAUGAUUUAUCAUGUUGCUCUUCAUGCUUGUGCAGAUCUCAAGAAUGUAGAGGUGAUGGAAACUUUGUUGGAGAUGCUAAAGAAUAAUGGAAACACUCCUGAUGUCUUUACUGUGAUGCAAGUUAUGAGGUGCUAUCUACAUUCUGGGGACAUCGAUCGUGGCCUUAAAACUUUUGAAGACUACAUGAGUUCAGGGAAGCCGCCUAUAGUGGAACUAUAUGUGACACUUGUAGAGGGAGCCAUGGUUGGGCAUACUCCCAAGGGAAUGCAACUUGCUCAAGACACGCUGGUAAACAUGAAUUCCAGGGACUUCUUCUUGAGCCCAAAAAUGGGGAGUGAUCUCCUCCUUUUAGCUUCUGGUGAAAAAACUGGUGGAUAUACUACUGCUAACUAUAUAUGGGAUCUGAUGCAAGCUCGCAACUUUAUUCCUUCACCUCCUGCUGUGGAAGCAUAUUACAAGGGCUUAAAAGAACGUGAAAUACCUGAAGAUGAUCCACGACUGUUGCUGGUUUCUAAGACUUACGACAACCUUCGCCAAAGAUCUGGACCAGGACCUCGACGACCUUAGUUGGAUGAUAACAAAAGAUUCCUUGGAGAGUCUUUGGCAUGGAUUUUUUGGUUAUAUUAUUUAUGUUUUGAUGCAAGAGAUACAACUACAAGGAUUUGUGCAGGCCUAAUCCUCUGUUGUAUCAAAGAUCAUGUAGAAUUUAUAAUGGUCUCUGUAUUGUUCUUAGCUUCAUACACAGUUUUAAUCAAGUUUUAGAAUGAGAAACAUGAGGAAUAAGGACAUUGUAGUAUUUUGAUAUUUCUUCAAGUAAAGCAUCAAUGUGUUGGCUGCUUCUUAGUU